AAUUAUUUUCUAACAACAUUUCCGGAUUAUGACUCCGACUGCAACACUUUUCGAACCUUGCCCUUCAUGCAAAACUGACAACGUUGGGGUCGUCUGGAUUUAACGUUCUGAUUGCUGGUUUGGUUCGAUUUUUUUUUGAGUUUAUUGCUCGGAACUAAAACUUCGUCGUUUCGUUGGAACGGAAAUUCAAGAAACUGCAAAAAUGACUCUUGAAGAACAGAAAAUUUAUGCCAACGACGAUCCCGAAGAUCCUGAAGACGAAGAAGAUGACGACGAUGAAGAAGAAGAGGAAGACUUAGUUGACCCAAUGGACGCAGUUAAGGAAACUUGCAAUAACAUUCCGGAGUGCUCGCCCUAUAGAGAAGAGUUAGUUCGAUGCGAGGAUCGAGUGAAUAGCCGGAGUCAAACGGAAGAAGAUUGCGUCCAAGAACUUUUUGAUUUUCUGCAUUGUGCAGACCAUUGCGUGGCUGAUAGAUUGUUUUCCAUGCUGAAAUAACUUUUAGGCCAACUUUAAAAGUGUGAAACUGUGUUUUGGUAUUUUUUGUUUAGCAUUAAUAUUUUGAACAAAUUAUAAAUUUAAUUAUUCUGUAUGUGGCAUAUUUUUUGAAAAUGUUAUCACCAAUUACUGAAUUAAUUUAUAUCUGGUUGUCUAUAUUUGAAUAAAGUUUUGUGAUGUAUCAGCGAUUGUAUUGCUUAACUUUCAAUGCUAAAUUUAAUUAGUUUGCAUGGUUUCAAAGGUUAAAUCUUUCUCCAAACUGAUAAAUGCCGAAAUACUAAAUGUUGAUUCUUUAUUUACUAG